CUUAAAUACGGCGACAAGCUGUCAGACAGGUGAGUCAAAGAGCCGAGUUGGAGAGGACUACCUGUCACAGAAAUGGCUCGUCUGCUGUGCCUUGUGGCCUUGGGGCUGUGUGUGUUUGUGCUCGGAGUAACAUCUGUAGAGAAGCCGGCGAGGAGCGCUGUCCUAAAAGCCAUCAAUGAUGCCAAGAAGUUGGUCGAUGAUGCGUACACCUAUUCCCGAGCAGAGACGAUGAGGCGCGUGAAGAGACACAUCACCAACCCGACGUUCCUGCUGCGCCUGGUGAAGCAGCCUGCCAGGGACACCCGCUCUGCCGUGCGCUCGGCGGACUACUACGAGCAAACCAUGCAACUGCUGUCCAAGAGACACCACGUUCACAGGAGAUCUCUCAACGCCACUGAUUUCCUGAGCGAGGAGGAUCUGGCUACUAUUGAGCGCCUGACUGGCUGCACUGCUCGCAUCCGCGAGCCCACCUGCUCAAGCAUACCCGAUGUGAACGAGUUCCGCACGGCUACCAGCAUCUGCAACAACAAAAUGAAACCUCGUCGUGGAGCCUCCAAUAUCCCCUUCGUGCGCUGGCUGCCUGCAGAGUAUCAGGAUGGCCUGGCGCUCCCCCAGGGCUGGGACCCCAACCUCCAGAGAAACGGAGCACUGCUGCCACUGGUGAGAACCGUGUCCAACCGCAUCCUGGCCUCGCGUAAUGAGGACGUGAUUAACGACGACCUGUACACGCAUCUGAUCACCAUCUUCGGCCAGUGGACCGACCACGAUCUGACCUUCACCCCCCACUCCCCCAGCAUCAUCUCCUUCAACGACAACGUCAUGUGCGACGAGAGAUGCGAACGCACCGAACCCUGCUUCCCCAUGACCAUCCCUCCCAACGACACGGGCCGCCGCCGCCACGCGGAGUGCAUUCCAUUCAUCCAGUCGGCUCCGGCAUGCGGCACGGGCAACACAGGACACAUCUUUGGUGCUGCCACUGUCAAGGAGCAGAUGAACGGAAUCACAGCCUUCCUAGAUGUGGGACAGGUGUAUGGCUCGGAUGAGAAGCUGGUGAGGAACCUUCGCGACCUGACCACGGACAAGGGCCUGCUGCGCGUGAACGAGCGCUUCUCGGACAACGGGCGCGAGCAUCUGCCCUUCUCAAACAUGACAAUGAUGUGUGCCAACCGCGAGGAGAUCACUGGCAUUGACGGCGCAGAGAACGUACCCUGCUUCCUGGCCGGCGAUGAGCGUGUGCUUGAGAACAUUGGCCUGGCUUCCAUGCACACCUUGAUGAUGCGUGAGCAUAACCGCCUGGCGCGCGCCCUCGGCGAAAUGAAUCCCCAAUGGACAGGAGAGACCAUCUACCAGGAAGCCCGCAAGAUCAUGGGCGGAUACGCACAGAGGAUCACGUUCCGAGACUACCUGCUUCACAUCGUGGGUCCGGACAUCCUAAACGGCGAGGAGCUCGGGCCGUACCCGGGUUACGACGAGGAGGUGGACCCCUCUAUCGCCAACGUGUUCGCCACGGCCGCGUACCGAUUCGCCCACACCAUGGUGCAGCCCUUCCUCUUCCGACUGGACGAGCGCUACGAGGAGCACCCCAAGUGGCCCAGCGUGCUGUUUCACCUCCAGUCCUUCACGCCCUGGAGGCUCGUAUUCGAGGGUGGCAUUGACCCCAUCAUCCGGGGCCUGAUUGGUCGGCAGGCCAAGCUGAACACCCAGGACACCAUAAUAACAGAUGAGCUGCGAGACCGCCUCUUCGAAUUCUUAGAAGAAAUAGCUCUGGAUCUGGCAGCCCUCAACAUGCAGAGAGGACGAGAUCACGGCAUGCCUGGCUACAACAGCUGGCGUAGGUUCUGUGGCCUGUCACAGCCGCGCACCCUGGAGGAGCUGGCGGUGGUGCUGAACAACACGGAGCUGGCGCGCAGCCUGCUGGAGCUGUACGGCACCGUGGACAACAUCGACAUCUGGCUGGGCGGCGUGGCCGAGCCCUUCGUGAACGGAGGCCGCGUCGGACCGCUCUUCGCCUGCCUCAUCUCCCGCCAGUUCCAGAACAUCCGCGUGGGCGACAGGCUGUGGUGGGAGAACGAGGGUGUGUUCACAGAUGCUCAGCGUGAGUCCCUGAAGUCGUCCUCUCUGGCCCGCAUCAUCUGUGACAACACCGGCAUCAGUGAUGUCCCCGAGAACCCCUUCGAGUACCGCCCACGAGGAGCCGGCUACACCAAAUGCCAAGACAUACCCGCCUUCGACCUCAGCCCCUGGAAAGACAACAGCGAAGGCCGAGUCUACAAUAGAGGCCCAGCUGGACCGCCAGGACCCCAGGGUCCCCCUGGCCCAGCUGGCAAUGUCCCUAAGGCGGCCUUCGCGGUGCGGCUGGGCUACAACUUCCCCCACCCUGGCAAGCCCAUCGCCUUCAAGAGUGUCAUCUACAAUGCCCAGGAGCUCUACAACAUCAAGACCGGUGUCUUCACCGCAGUCGUUGCGGGCGUGUAUCAGUUCGACUUCCACUGUACGCUGUACCAGAACGUGGGCAACGUGGACCUGCGCCACAACGACCAGCUGGUACUUCACUCCUUCACCACGCGGCACGAGGGCUACGUGACGGCCACCGGGGGCACCAUCCUGCAGCUGGCGGCGGGAGACCGCGUCUACCUCAGCGCCAACUACGGGGGCAACGGCCUCACCGCCGACAGCUUCUUCUCCGGACACAUCCUGUUCACCGCCUAAACGUUAUCACGCCACAUCCUCUUAACUUAAUUGUCCUGCUAUCCGUCUACCUACAUCCUCAUCCUCUUCACAGCCUAAACUACGCCGCAUCCUCUUCACCACUUAAACUAGCCCACACUACGUCCUCUUAAAUUAAUUAUCCCCUUCACUGCCUAAAUAAUGAAUAGUUCCUCAUCACCGAGGAAAUAAACUACAUCCCAUUCAAUGUCUAAAUUACUGUACAUUCUCUACUGUUUAAAUGACACCACUGGAGCUAUGGGGGGUGGAUUACACCACAUGGAUCCGAUUUGGACCACAGGUCUGACUUUGACAUCCUUGCUUAAAGUUUUGCUUUAGCACAGCCAAAUAACUGUCCGCCAGUUAAACCAUGCAGGGCAGGACUGUCAACCAUGCAGGGUAGGACUGUGACACACAGGGACGCUGACGGCUUUGGUACCCCCCCCCCACCCCCCGCUAGGCACCCCUGGUCACACACACUGCUCCCUCCAGCCUCUGGCCUCCCCAUUUGGUUCUUUAUAAUGUCACUGCUGGGUUCCCUUAGCUUCAAAACUUCUCGUACACACUUUCCUCUUAAACAUGUCCUCCUUUUCGUUUCAUUUGUCUAUUUCUCAUUGUGUUUAGUUAAAAAAAAAAACAAAUGAAGGAUUAUCUAUAAAUGUGUUUAUCAUUAUUAUUAUAAUGUUUUGUUCUACACUGACUGUUGCUUGAAAAAAAAACCUGAAGAUGAACACUGAAUGCUAGAUACUGCACGUAUCCGGGAAUGAAGGGAAUGUGGGGACUUCUCACUAGAGAGAGCUGUUGCCACUUAUUUGCAUUCUGUUUGCACUGCUUUACAAAUACACUGAGCGCACAAUUAGGAUAUGCACACGGGAUAAGCUCGAUUUCCACAAAUGUGAAAUAGCUGCAAACUCCCGCUGUUAACUUUUUUUUAACUAUGGUGCUUAAUUGGCACAUAUUCAGGGAUAUGACUCACACAAUACUGUUUUCAUACACUGAAGAUACUUGCUUGCUGUGAUUGAUCAAAAUUGUUCACUGUAUUGUUUACACAAACUGUGCCUUCUUUAAUAUUUAUGUUCUUUCUUGGUCUAUAAUAAAUCAUGAAAUGCA